UCCGAGCAAUACGGCCCUGAGCACGCUGGAGCAGGUGAAGGAGUACCUGCUGACUCCUGGGACGUGCAAAUGUGGACUCGAAUGCCCGUUAAAAUACGACAGCGUUUUCAACUUCGACCCUAAGAUUAUUAGUAAACCGUGGACGCUGUCGCCAGACACGAAUACAGGGGACCUGACAAAGUUGUGUAAUCACAAGAGGAAAAUAAUCGCGAUGGCCUCGCUGGGCUGCAAACCCCCCGAUCCGGCGUCGAACAAGCUACCCAAGGAUUGCAACAAGAAGAAAAAGAGGAAGCUAUGCGUUAGUUAUGUAUCCGAGAUAUUGGGGCAACGGGAAAAGCAGCCCUUCAACAAGGAGAACUCGGCAGCGCCUCAAUUUGCACAGCAAACGUGGCCUCUUCCUCAACAGCAGCCGCAGCAACAACAGCAGCAGUCGCAGCCUGAUUUCCAGCAGAAUCCGCAGUUCUUCAGGUACCAGAAUCCAGAGAACCGCCUCGGUUCGCCGGUGGUUUUGAACGAGACCGUCGUCGCGCCGAAUCAAAACAUAUCACCGCAGCAGCAGAUGCAGCUCCAGCACCAUCCGCCUGCCGUUCAAGCAAAUCCGCAGAUUGUGAACGCUCAAUUCGGAAUACCGAAUCAGCAAAGGGUCUUCGUGAACAAUCAACCGAAUGAACCGAGCGGACCGGGUCGGCCUGCACGUAGCUUCUAUCAGGGCCAGAACGGAACCUUCCAGUACGAUCCGUCGAAAAGCGUGCGGCCCUUCACGCCCAGCAAUGGAAUGCGCCAGGUGAUUCCUCCGCAGAAAGCCAACCAGCAGAUGUGGAGUAGCAAUCAUCGCGUGCCAUUGCCGUCGCAGAGUCCCCAUAAUCCGAAUGUUUACGAACGUGUGCCGCCUCUGUACCAGCAUCAACCUCCUCCCGUCGUUUGGCAGGAUGAGAUCAGCAGGAAAAGGCUGAAACCUGGCAAGAGUUUGAAGAAGAGGUCGUUCGCUAUGGAGACGACGCAGCACGCGCCCUGUCCCAACGUGGACGUGAGACAGAUCGAAAACAGCAGGAUGAUGGUGAACCAAUUUCAGAACGAGCCUAGCUCCAGUCCUUCGUUCAUGGAGGAUCCGAGCGGCUACCUCGCCCAGCAAACUGCCCUUCUCAAUAACACUAUUAAUAGACAAACCGGUUGUUCAAAUUAUAUUUGUAAUAGUCCCGUGACUUCGAAUCCUUCGGGUCAGCAGCAGCAGAUUUUAAACACGACACAGCCGAAUGGAGUGCCUUUACCUAGCAAUAUUCAAAUUAAGCAGCAACCGCAGCAUGCCUAUGGAAACGCCCCAGCAGCGCAGAGGAAUCAGCAGAAUGUGAUGAAAAGUAUGGGAAUGAGCCCGUACUUGGUGAAUGCAGAUAGUAGCGCGAUGAACGAAGUGAACAACUGCCAGGGAUGCGCUGUCGAGUACCAUCAGCAACAAGCAAUUGUAGACGCGAAGGAUGCGAGGGUGGUGGCUUUCCCGAGGCCGAGCAGCCAGCCGGGAACGCCGAGCUCUACAGGUACUAGUGAAGAUCCCGUAACGUCAUCGAAUUAUUUAGAGAAACAUCCUUCGCCAGAUUCGAGGCCGAUUCAAGGUGGCACCGUGAGUACCAGCAACGUGUCGCCUGUCGCAGGAUCCCCGAAUCCCGCCUCCCACACGCCGACUCCUCCGCAGCAAGAGCAACAAAUAUCCUACAACUAUCAACCUGAGCCUAAUCAAAACGCUUUCCAAUUGAAUCAAAAUGUUCCCAAUCAAAUGCAAGCGAGUUAUCAAAAGCCGCCGGAGGAGCAACUGCUGCAGCACCGGCCAAUACCUCAGGGAAUCGUAACGACUAUGGCCAGCGGCCGGACAGUCGGCAGCAACACCAUAACAUCGGUACUGGCCGGUCGAGCAAACACUGCCACCGUUUCCAUCACCAAUCCGUCGGUGGUCAAUCAAGCUCCACCUCCGCCGCCGCAGCCCCCUCAGAUCAUCUCUAAAUCUCCUUUGGAAAUGGUUCAGAGCGUUGUGAGCAGCAUAAAAGUGCCGCACAGCAAUCAGCCUCAACACCAUCAGCCGCAAAACAUUCUCAGCGUGCAGAACAUCCCUCAACAAGUCGUCAAACAGAGCCUACCUCCUGGUCACAUCCUCGUGUCCUCCGGUGGUCAAUUGAUUAUGGCCAGCACCAACAACCAAGUGAUGCCUCCGCCGCCUCCACCGAAAAUCGUCACCAAUCAAACAUCCAUGCCACCGAUAUCCGUCUCGCCCAUGGUCACCAAUGUCACGGCUUCUGUAACACAGAUGAUACCGAUGGCUCAGCAAGUGCUCGGUCAGCAGACGGUCCUCGUUAAUGCCCUUCCUGCGCCCUUCGUCCUUCAGCCGGGCGUGACGAUGACAAUGGACAGCAUGAAUAUGCAAAUACCGCACCUCGUCACCGGGAACGUUAUCCAGCAGCAAAUUCAGAUCGAUCAGACCGACCCGAGACGCGUGGCGGCCACCGCAAAUAUGCUAUCUCCCGAAAGCAAAAAGAAGGGUAAGAAGAGGAAGGUUUCCUCGCAAACUGUAGCAUCAAUGCUUCACAUAGCAGCACAACAAAAUUCCGGCGUCGUAGGUUUUCCGCAGCAGAUACAAAUGGCUCACAGUCCUCAAGGCAUAACGACGGCGCCGGUCAUGCAAGCACUUACCAUCGUUCCCGGAAAAGCUGGAGCUCCACCGCAGAUCGUUAUGAACGGCCAAUUGUCCAAUACCCAACAGUUAUCGCAGCAAAUCAAUCUUCUGCAACCGGUAAACCUGGCACAAGGAAUGAUGCAGAAUUUCCCUACCAUUCAGCAAUUUGUUCUGCCUAAUCUGACGGGGAUGGUCAUGAACGCGGACGGAACGGCGACCAUCGUUCAGGACACUCACAACUUAGGGAUGCAGCUGCAGCUUCAGAACGUUAAUGGGCAGAACGUCCUGACUCCGGUACAAAACAACCAGAUGUUCGCUGGCGGCCAGAGCAUCAUUCCGACGGGGAUGGUGAUACGGCCGCAAGGGAAGAUCAUACAACAGCAGCAUAGUCCUGGAGCUCAGUUCUUGUCUCCCAACAACGGUGGGCAGUUCGUCGCUCAGUUCAAUGGGCAGCUCAGUCCGCUCGUUGCGAACGUCAGUCCAGGACAACAGGUAACAUUUAGCGCUGGACCGCAACAAAUCAGGACUAGUAACGGCAUACAACAUCAACCCCAGCAGGAGUACAUUCAGUGCGGGCAAACGCUGAUGGUUCCGGCAAACAUUACUGCCUCCACCUCUAAUCAACAGAACACCACAUACGUACACCAGAACACCACUAUAGUACAACAGCAGACGACCAUGCUUUCAAAUAAUCAAAGCAGUCAGAAUCAAAGCUUGAACGUGGAUCAGAAUUUCAUUAUAUCGGAAAAGCCGCCGCCGGUGCAGACGGUGGUUCUGCAACAGAGGCAGAGUCCCAUGCAGCAGCAACAACAUCAACACCAGCAGCAACCGCAACAACUACCUCCAAAUUACAGGCACUCGGUGUCGACGCAGACUGCCGUCAAUCAGAACGGUCAGCCGGUGACUACCCACACGUUCUGCCAGACGUCCACCUCCAGUGCUGGGAGCCCGCCGGACACGACCACUCACAGUCCUUUGGCACCUGGUGGGCAAAGCCCUCCCACGGCGGAUACGACCACCCACUCCGGUAGCACAGACGAUGGCUUAUCGCCUGCACCUUCCAACUGCUCCGGUUCUUGCAGCGAUAUAGUCAAUCUUCAACGGCAGCAUUCCUCGAUGGCGAUGGUGCAUUGCAUCUCCAGCUCAGAGCCGGAUUCCGCGGACAUGGUCGUUCCUAAUUCAGAGUUCGAUUGGCGCGGUGCGGCAAUAUCCUCGGGCUCGAAGAUAGAGUAUACCGAUAUCAAUGGAACGACCGUCCAUGUCAAGAAGACGCCGACGCACGUGGCUUAUGCGGAAUCCUCGACGAUGAUGCACUUUGUCACCGAAGGCGUUAAACAGCAGCAGCAGCACCACCACCAUCAGCAGCAGCUGCAGCAUAACCAUCAGCAAGAGGUCGUCAGCUCAAGGAACACCUACGAGAAGAUCCACCACAAGAAGAAGCACGGGGACACCGUCGUCGUCAUGCAGACGAACCAGAUGCACACUUCAUUAUUUGACGAUGAUGAAGAAAAGAGGGAUGAUGAUGGUGAUGAUGAUGAUGAAGAUGAUGGUGAUAAAGGUAGUCCUCAUCAGACGUUCCUAAUCGGAGAUCUGGUGUGGGGCCCCGCGAGGGGCUGUCCCGCCUGGCCUGGCAAAUUGAUCCAGGUGAAAGAGCAGGGCAGCAGGGUUACGGUGCGAUGGUUCGGGGGCGGCGGUGACAGGGCACUCAGUGAACUCGAUCCGGCCCUGUUGCAGACCCUCUCUGAAGGCCUCGACGCCCAUCACCGCGCCAGCAAGAAAUCACGGACAAGCCGUAAACUGAACACGCAAUUGGAGAAGGCCAUCCAAGAGGCGAUGGCGGAAUUGGACAAAGUGGACGAGAGCAGAAAGACUAAGAAGGAGGUCGCCGUGAACAUCGUGAGGAAGUCUGGGGGCCGUCUUCGGAGCAGCCAGAGAUAGCGCAACGCGCGUUUCCUUUGAUGAAUUUAACCAAUUGGACCAACAUCGAAAGAAAAGAAGAAAAAAGCACACACACACAAACACACGUUGUUUUUUUUUGUACUCGUCUUAGAGAAGAGAGACGACCUUGGAUUAUUUUCUGUUUUUAGUUCGUUUGCGGACGCCACCAUCUCCGUGGUGGUGGUUUCUUUUAGUUGACCCAACAAUAUUUACACAAUUUUGGUAAUGAUUCCUAGACGCAUCACGAAAAGAAUUAUAAUAUAUAA